AUGGCGUCAUCGACCAAGGCAGCCCGUCUGGGCGAGGAAGUGUGGAAGACCCGCGUCGACAAGGUCAGCGCCGAGCUCGUCACGCUCACGUACGGCACCAUCGUCGCGCAGCUGUGCAAAGACUACGAGUACAACUACGCCGAGGUCAACAAGCAGCUCGAGAAGAUGGGCUACAACAUCGGCGUGCGCCUGAUCGAGGACUUCCUCGCCAAGACGAGCGCGCCGACCUGCACCAACUUCCGCGAGGUGGCCGAGAUGAUCUCCAAGGUUGGCUUCAAGAUGUUCCUGAACAUCACGCCCACCAUCACGAGCUGGUCCAGCGACAACAAGCAGUUCUCGCUCAUCUUCGACGAGAACCCGCUGGCCGACUUUGUCGAGCUGCCCGACGACGGCCGCGCCCAGGACGAGCUGUGGUUCUCCAACAUGCUCGUGGGCGUGCUGCGAGGCGCGCUGGAGAUGGUGCACAUGCAGGUCGAGGCACACUUUGUGAGCGACGUGCUGCGCGGCAACGACACGACGGAGAUGCGCGUGUCGCUGGUGCGCUACAUUGACGACGAGAUGCCGCCCGACGACGAGUGA